GAGGAAUAAAGUGUUUAGGCUCGUGGCGUUGUAAACAAACCCACGUUCCCGCCAGAAGAGGACGUGGCCACCUCUCUUUAUUUCUCCUCCACUCCUCACCACCAUGAAGAUCAACAAGAAGAAACACACGCCGAGGACCCCAGGGGUUUCCAGUGGCUUUAAGUCCAAUAUCAGAGGCAGGAAGCUACUGAGAAAGCAGAAAAGGCUACAAAAAAAGCAGAACCGGGCUGCCUUCACUGGCAAUCUGCGGAGGAAGCCAGUGACAGGCGACAAACAGGCCAGUAAUUCCGGUAAAAUCAGUAAACUCAAGCAGUUACAGGCCGUGGUUGUGGUUGAGAAGUUGAAGUUAAAGAAGGGGGAGAAUGAUAACGAUGAUAAGGUGGAUAGCGAUGUGGAAGAGGAGGAAACGGACGGGUUUUGCCCGUCUGCAGCAUCGAGGAAUGAAAGAAUGGCUAGAUUACAAGAAUUCGUGAACCAAGAAGCAGGAAUUAGCGGUGCACCAAGAAAAACAACAGAAGAACCCAAAACUAACCAGGGAAACGCCAACUUGAUCAAGGACACGAAGAAAUUGAAGGACUUGAGGACAGAGCAGAAGGAAGACACUAAGGAGAUCAACAAACUGGCUCGCCUUCUCCAAAUGAAUAAGACGCAAAAGAAGAAAGUCGCGCCGAUAUUCGCGGACGACUUCGGCAGUUUACUUCAGGACAUCGAGCUUGGGUCAAUGAGUCACUCUGAUGAUUAUAAAGUAGAGGGUGUAGAUGGUGAUGCAGAGUUUGAAAGGGACAUGGCGACCGCACUGGGCAAGGAUGUUAAGAAGAGCAAAGUGAAGGAGGGUGUGAAGAGUGAAAAAAAGGAUGUGAAGGGGAAUAAGAGGAGUAAAGGAGAGGAUUUGAAGCAGAGGAGUAGAGAAGAUAUGGAGGAGGAGGAGGAUAAUGAGAGUGAAGAAGGGGAUAUGGAAGAAGAGAGUGAAAGUGAGGAUAUGAAGAAUAGUGAAGAAGACAUGAUCCAGAAAAAGAGUGAAUUUAUGAAAGAAGAGAAAAUGAAGCAGAAAAAGAAGAAAAUGAUGAUAGGCAAAGAAAAGAAUAUCAAUGAGAAAAACAAAAACAACAAGCAGAAAAAUAAAAAAAAUAAAAUGAUGGAAGAAAUAGAAAAUAAUGACAAUAGACAGAAAAAGAAGACAGAAAGGACACAAGAUGAAGCAAAGAAAAGAAAAACUGGUAAAAUUAAGAAAGGUUGUGAUGGUGGUGGGUCGGCAGACCCUGAAAACCAAUUUACUGCAAGGGACUUCAAUCCUUAUGGUGAAUUUAGUGAUGAUGAUGAAUAUUAUGGUGAUGACAUGUUUGGUGACGAGUUUGGUGAUGAAAGUGAGAUGGAAUAUGACACAGGAGGAAAAAAACAAGUUAGAUUUUCUGGCUUGCCACUGAGAAAAGAUGAUAGUGAAGAUGGUGAUGAGGAAGGGGAGUUCAGCGAUGAUGGCGAGGAGGAAGAGGAAGACGCCAAAUUUAGUGAUGAUGGUGAAAGUGAAGAGGAUGUGAAGAAUAUGAGUCGGUUUAGUGAUGAAGAUGAGGAAAGAACUGGAGAUGAACUAGAGCCAGAAGAGGAAGAAGAAGAAGAAGAAGAAGAAGAUAGUGAUUUCAUAGACUCACAGGCAGAAGAGGACAGUGAGGCAGACGACGAGACUGAUGACGAUAGAGAACUGAUCCACGACCCUAGAGAUGAGCCGGAUUACGCGUUUGAGGGCGGAUCAGGCUACUACAGCAAGCCGGAUAUUCUUAAAAAUGGAAUGGAAAAUGAUAUAGAUAGGUACUCCAGCAACAGUGAAGAUGAUGUGAAUCUGGAAGGGUUUGUGGUGGAAGACGGCGAGGUGGAGUAUGACGAUCUGGUUGAUGAACUGCCAAGCGAUCUGAGUGAUUCUCCGUCCCCUAUAAAGAAGAGGAAGAAGAGAAGAAUUGUUGUGCAGAGUGAUGAUGAUGGCGAUGGUGAUGGCAGGGAGACACUUGGUGGUGAUAGUGAGGAAGAAAGUGAUGAUGUUACUGAUUUCUUCUAUUACGGUCGGAGUAAGAAUAGAAGUAAAGAAAUAAACGAAAGUGGGUCGAAAAAUAAAGAAGGGGAUGUGGAGGUGAAAGGCAAAGCAAAGAUCAAGAUAACAAGGGAGAAAAUGGAAGAUCUGCCUGAUUCCGACUCUGAUUCUCUCCAAAGCAACACAGAGAAGGUGAUGGAAGAUGAAGAUGCAGACACUUCUUCUUCCACGUUUGAUGGACUGAAUGUUCCUAAGAAGAAGAAGAAGAAGGUGAUUGAGGAUGAGGAUAAUGAGGAAACUGAAGACAGUGAUGUGAUUCCUCAGAUAAAGACCAAAAAGAAGAUAGAGGAUGAUGAUGAAGAUGAAGGGAUAUCAAAAUUGAAGGCUAAAAAGACUAUAGAAGAUGAAGAUGAGGAAGAUGAAGAUGGAGAAGAGAUUGAAUUGAAGGCGAAAAAGAAGAUGGAAGAUAAGGAUAAAGAAGAAGAUGAAGUGGAGAGUGAAGAUGCCACACAAACUAAGACUAAGAAGAAGAAGAAGAAAAAGAAGAUAGAUAGUGAAGACGAUAGUGACACAAUGAUAGAAGAUAGUGAAGAACUAAAAGUGAAGGAGGAAGAUGAUGAAAAAAUGACAAAAGAAGAUAGUGAGGAUACUUUGAGCAUAAACACUAAGACUAAGAAGAAGAAGAAGAAAAAGAAGAUAGAUAGUGAAGACGAUAGUGACACAAUGAUAGAAGAUAGUGAAGAACUAAAAGUGAAGGAGGAAGAUGAUGAAAAAAUGACAAAAGAAGAUAGUGAGGAUACUUUGAGCAUAAACACCAAGAAGAAGAAGAAGAAGGCCACAAGUGAAGAUGAUGAAGAUGACACCUCAACAACUGACUUAGAAACACUACAAACAAAAAAGAAGGAAGAUGAUGGCACAGGGGAGAGUGAGGACAUGCCACAGAAAAAGACAAAGAAAAAGAAGAUAGAGAAGAGUGACAGAGACUCAUUAGAUGGCGAAAGUGAUGACGAUGCAGCAGCCACAACAAACGACGAUGUAAGGAGAGUGAAGUGGAAAGGAAAAGAGCUGAGGAUUGAGUUAAUAAGGUUAAACUUAGGUGUGGGUGAUAAAUUAGAUGAUUAUAGUAAAGACAGUCCCACCAUCGACAACUUAGAUGCCCCACGGACCAAGAAGAAGAAGGGAAAAGAUAGUGAAGGCAAGGUAAAGAUAAGUAGCUGUGAUAGUGUGAAGAAAAAGAAGAUAGGUGAAGAUGUAGUGAUGAUAGAUGAUGAUAGGGAUGUGCCACAGAUAAUGAUGGAGAGUGAAGAUGAGGGCAGCUUGACUAUUGAUGGCCUUGAAAUUCCACAAAUGAAGAAGGUGAAGAUGGAGAAGGAAGAUGACGAGGGCAGCUCCACCAUGGACGGCCUGGAAAUUCCCCAAACCAGGACUGCAAAGAAGAAAACAGGCAUGAAAGAUGAUGAUACAGAGGACAUAAUAACGAUAGGGAGUGAGGACAGCAACACACCAAAGACGAGAAGGAAGAAGAAGAAGAAGGGGAAGAAUGAUGACAAAAACAAGACCCAGAUAAAGAAAAUGAAGAUGGAAAAUGAUGAUAGUCAGGAUACAUCAACAAUGGAUAGUUUAGAUGGCACAGGAAUCACAAAAACUGAUGAGAACGAUGCAGAUGUCUCAACGAGUGACAGCGAUAAUGUAACUCACAACAAAUUCAAGAAGAAGAGGAAGAGGAAGGUAUCUAAAGACGAUAUGGAGGAGAACUCGUCCCUUGAUAGUGAAGAUGUCCAGGAAAUAAUGUCAAAGAAGAAGAGGAAGAAGGAGGAAAGUGAGGAUGAUGCACAGAUAAGGAUAGUGAAGAAGGAACUGGAGGAGAAAGAUGAAGAUGAUAGUGAGGAAAACAAGAAGAAGAAGAAAAACAGAAAUAUAAAUGAUGAUGUGGAGAUAGAACAGACAAAGAAGAAGAAGACAAAAAUAAAUAAAAAUAACGAUGGUAAUGAUGACAGAGUGACAGAGAAUAAGGGAAAAGUAGUGAAGAAGGCCAAACAGACUGAGGCAAAGUUAGAGAAAGUGAAGAAAGGGAAGAUGGAGAAGGAAACAAAAAUGAUGAAGACAAAGAUAGAGAAGAUGGAUAAAAAACUGGUGCCGCUUCCUGAGAUAAGCAGUGUGGAAGAGGAGGAUGAGGAAGAGGAAGAAGUAGGAGAUUUCGAUGAAGAAGAGGAGGAGGAAGAGAUGGUAAUAGACAGCAAGGAAGAACUAGAUGAAGAGGAGGAAGAAGAGACUGACGAAGAAGGAGAUAUGGAAGACGAGGAAGAAGAAGAAGAGGAGGAGGAGGAGGAGGAGAAGGAGGAGGAAGGGGAAACGCACCAAGAAGAUGAAGGAAACGAGGAAGACAACAGCGAACCAAACACAAAACAAGAAAACGUAAACACAACAGUGGAACAGAAAGCCGAGGAACUGACAGAGGACAUUUACGGGCGAUUACGAGACAAAGACGGCAACAUAAUCACACGCAGGGAGACUGGAGACGCAGGAGAGACUAGCCGCUACGUUCCUCCAGCCCUGAGAAAGCUGUCGGCCCUUAACAGAAGCAAGGAGAAGAAGGAGCAGCUGGAGGCCCUGAAGCGAAACAUGAAGGGACUUUUGAAUCGUCUGGCAGAAACCAACAUGGGCGGCAUUGCUGGCGAGAUCGAGGGGAUGUAUUUAAAGCAUGCGAGGAAUGACGUGAGUGAGAUAAUGACGAGUUUGUUAGUGGAGGCGCUGGUGGGCCCUUCGCUGACGCCGGAGAGACUGGUGCAGGAGUUGGCGGUGUUGGUGGCGCUGCUAUCUGCAAAUGUUGGCAGUGAGGUCGGCGCACACAUCCUGAACGAAUUUGUGUUGAAGUGGAGUGACAAGAUGGCCACCCUGACUCCAGAUGCAGAGGGGGGCACCAAGGAGCUGGACAAUCUGGUGCUGUUCAUUGCCUACCUCUACUGCUUCAGGGUAGUAGAGGCAAGGCUUAUCUAUGACAUCCUGCACCGCCUGGCUCAAGGGUUCUCAGGCAAGGAGGUGGAGCUCAUUCUGCUAGUCCUGCGGAGUAUUGGCUUCAUCCUGCGGAAGGACGACCCUCUGGCGCUGAAGUCCCUCAUCACGGAGCUGCAGGGCAAGGCGGCGGAGGCUCGGACCACCACCACCACCACUUCCACUACCAGCACCAGCAGCAACGACACCCCUGGGCCGUCAGGAAGCAAAGGAGAGGCUGAAGGGACAGAGUACUCCCGCGUCACCUUCAUGCUGGAGACAAUACAAGCUGUCCGUAACAAUAACAUGUCCAAACUGCCCAACUACGACCCAGAGCACACCGACCACCUCCGCCAGGUCCUCCGAGGGCUGGUGCGGAGAGGCCAGCAGCCGGCGCACCUCAAUGUGACCCUGGAGGACAUGCUGAGGGCGAGGGAGUGUGGCCGCUGGUGGGUGGUAGGGUCAGCCUGGUCUGGCGGCCUGGUGGGUGAGAAAGGCCAGGCAGAUGCGAGGGUGAAGAGUAAAAAGAUGGACAUGAAUUUCAGCGACACAUUUAUGCGGAAAGCGACGAAACUCCAACUGCAGCGGCCACCACGUGUCAACAUUCUCUACGUGCUGACGGAAGGCUCGGAGGACUACCUGGAUGCGUUUGAGAAGCUCCUGCAGCUGAGCAUCCCACAGCAGCAGGAGCGGGAGAUGUUCAGCGUCAUCCUCCUGUGCUGCCAGAAAGGGAAGGCCUACAACCCUUUCUUCAGCCACCUGUCAGACCACAUGUGCAAGUUUGACAAGAAGUACUCGCGACUCCUCCAGUUUGCGCUGUGGGACAAGUUGGAGGAGGUGGAGGCCAUGAAGAUACGAGAGGUGAACAACCUUGCAAAGUUCCUGACACACUUGAUAGGGGAGAACAGCCUCAACCUCACCAUCUUCAAGAACAUUUCCUUCAUGGACGCCGAGAAGCAGACCAUCAGUUUAGUCCGCCAGACGCUAAUUGCCCUCCUUCUCCACCCAACCGGAACAGACGCUGUGGAGCGGAUUUUCUCGGUGCUCUCCGCUUCCCCCAAGCUGAAGGUGCUGCGGCAGAGUCUGAGAAUCUUCAUUCUCAAGUUUAUCAAGGGCAAGAGUAGCAGCGAGGACACCAACAUGACCAUGCUGUCCAGGAGGGUGGAGGCUGCCGUGGAGAUGCUCAGCAGAGGCAGCGGUGUUAGGCUCUAGUGUGUGUGUGUGUGUGUGUGUGUGUGUGUGUGUGUGUGUGUGUGUGUGUGUGUGUGUGUGUGUGUGAUAACAGUGAAAUACAUAUAUAGUGUUUUCUUACCAAAUAGUGAAGAAAUCUAUUAAGAGAGAGAGAGAGAGAGAGAGAGAGAGAGAGAGAGAGAGAGAGAGAGAGAGAGAGAGAUAAGGUACCAGUGACACAUGUUUUUUUCUAAUUAAAUAAUGAUGUAAUUCAGUGCAUGUUUUUUUUUUUUUUCUAUUUUAUCUUUACGUAUAUUUGUGUUCCUGCUAAUUUUAGGUGGUAGUAAUAAUAAGAAUAACUGUGUGUAUUUUCCUUAUCUUAUGUAUGUAUUUUGUGUUCCUCUCCUGGGGCCAUUAAUACUUGUACAGAAAGGAAGAGUGUAUUUGUAUGUAUGUAUGUAUGUAUGUGAUAGGAGCCUAAUGUACAAUGCAAAACCAGUAUAUGAUGUGUUUUCUGUUCAUGUGUAUAGUGGAAGUGAUUGAGGUGCCCUGUAUGAUGGAGGACAGAAUAAUACAGUGCUAUACAACCAGUGACUCGCCCAUGAUGUAUACAUAGAAGUCAGCUAGUAUGUAUAUAUAGUUUAUCAGUAUUGCCUCUAGUUCAGUAUAUACAAAUAGGGUGAGUUUUUUAUGUAUUUUUAAUUCUGGUUUAUUUUUUUCUGGUCUUGUAUAUUCAUUUCACAUUUUUCAGUUUUAAUUUUAUGUAUAUUUUUAUUUUAUAGUUUUAAUUACUUUUUUUUUAGUUUGUGGUAGCCUUGCCUAUUUUUUUUCUAUUUCUCAUUUUCUUCUGCAGCUUUCCAAUGUCUAAGUUUUUGUCUGCUUCCUUUAUUGUAAUUUUAAUUUUUGUUUUAUUAUUUUGUUCAUAUCUUAUUUUCUUCCAGUUUUCCAAUUUUUAAUUAAUUUUUUACUUUAUAGUAGUUUUCUUUAUUUACUUAUUUUUUUUUAAGUCUAUGUCAUUUUCUUUUUCAGUUUUGUAAUGCAGAUAUUAAUGUGUUCCUUUUUUAUUAUAACUAUUGUGUAUUUCUCCACUUUUGUGUUCUUUCCAAAGUGAAUAUUAUUUUCCAUGGUGUUCACUGUACAUAUUAAGUAAUUUCUCCCUGUGUUUUGUAAAUGUAGCAUUGUGUUCUAUUGAGAGUGAAAGACAGAAGAUACCCUGACAUGUUCCAGGUUUGUGUGUUAAGGAAGGGAGGAAUUAAGAAAGAAGGUUCAGUGUGUGUGUGGAUUGUGAGGCACAGCAAAAAAAAAAAAAAAAAAAAAAUUGUUCCUUGUAUAAGAAAGGGGAAAAAAAUGAAAAGUAUAUUUCUGAGUUUGUAAUAAGAAUUGUAUAUUGUAAUGUUGCAGUGUGCCGAAUGUCCAGAGAAAGAUUGUGUUUGGUGUAGGAAAGUAAAGGAAAAUAAUUAAAAAGGUGUUUCUGAGUUUAAGAAAGAUGUUUGUAAGGAAUGUGGCUGAGAAAGUCAUGUUUUGUAGUAUUGGAAAGUGAGGAAAGUCCAGAAAAAAUAUUGUGUUUAGUGAAGGAAGUAAAGGAAAACAAUUAAAAAGGUGAUGUUAUUGAGUUUGCAGAUAGUUCAUGUGUUGUAGUGUUGCAGUGUGUGGACAUGGAGAUUGUAUUGCAAGUGUUUUGCAAAAUGUGGAUAAGAAAGUUACAUUAGUGUUUUGAAAAUGUCGAUAAAGUUGUACUUGUUUUGCAGAGUGGAUUGGAAGUUUGCAUUGCUGAUAAGUUUUGCAAAAUGUGGAUUGAAAAAUUGAAUUAGUGUUUUGCAAAGUGUGGAGUUACUUGUGGAAUGUGAAUAAGAAAGUCACAUUGUUAGUUUAUGGCAAAAUAAGGGAAAGACUGUAUUGCUAGUGAGUAUGGAAAAAUAAAGGAAAGUUUUUUUUUUUUUUUUUUUUUUUUUUUUUUUUUUUUUUUUUUUUUUUUUUAAGGAGGGACUGGCCAAGGGCAACAAUAAAUCAAAAUAUGAAAAAAGCCCACUUAGAUGCCAGUCUCAGAAAAGUGUCCAAAGCAGUUGUCACAAAUUGAAACAUCCCCCUAGAAGGAAUUCAAGUCAUAGGAAGGUGGAAAUACAGAAGCAGGCAGGGAGUUUACCAGAGAAAGGGAUGAAUGAUUGAGAAUACUGGGUAACUUGCAUUAGAAAGGUGGACAGAAUAGGGGUGAGAGAGAAGAGUGGUAUGAGUGGAUCCCUCCCAGACAUGUGAAGCAUACUCCAUAUAUGGACAGAUAAGGUACAACGUUAGCAGCUGGGGGGGGGGUGAGAAAAACUGGCGGAGACGUCUCAGAAUGCCUAACUUCAUAGAAGCUGUUUUAGCUAGAGAUGAGAUGUGAAGUUUCCAGUUCAGGUUAUAAGUAAAGGACAGACCAAGGAUGUUCAUUGUAGAAGAGGGGGGCAGUUGGGUAUCAUUGAAGAAGAGGGGAUAGUUGUCUGAAGGUUGUGUCAAGUUGAUAGAUGGAGGAAUUGAGUUUUUGAGGCAUUGAACAAUACCAAGUUUGCUCUGCCCCAAUCAGAAAUUUUAGAAAGAUCAGAAGUAUUGCUAGUGUAUGAUAAAGGGAAAGAUUGCAUUGCUAGUGUGUAUGGAAAAAUAAGGGAAAAAAGAUUGUAUUGCUAGCGUUUUGCAAGAUGUGAUAGGAAGGCUGUACUGGAGUGAGAAUCAGGAGGAGGAAGGUUGUACUAUGAGAGUCAGGUAUUGUGUCCAGAAGGGAGACUGAAAUUGUGUCCGUGUAAAAAGAGAUGUGUUGUCUGUCAAGAAGGCAACGGUCAAAUCUAUUAAAUUUUUGAACACACUUCUCUUGAGCUUUUCAACAGUAGGCAGUGUGUUAGUCCAGAUAUUCAUGUACAGUAUUACUGAAUAAAGGUUUCUUUUGUA